AUGCGAUACAAGAUCCAGCCCUGUCCCGUAUGCGGCGAAGAACAGUACGCGGACGAUACGGCCUUCCAGCACCAUGUUAACUCGCACUUCGAGGAUGGGGCGGGGCGGUCAGUCGUGGGCAGGGAGGCUGGUCCGAGUUCGCCUAGGAAGAGGAGGUUGUCUGUGAUGAAGCAGGAAGAGGAGGAAGGCCUCGCUGAUGAUGCUUGUCCAUUGUGCGCCUUCCCGUUCUUCAGCGGGGUGAGCGCUGCAGAUCGAGCUCAACACGUCAAUGCCUGUAUGGAUACCGCCGCCAUCCCCAACCCCGACUCCCCUAUCCCUUUUACAAUCACCCACCGCCCCUCCCGAACCCUCUCGACCCUGACAGCCGACUACCACCUCAUUGCCCAAAUACCGAUCGACCACCCCGCCCUCGGUCCUGCCAGUAUCCCGUGGGAGCGGGAGACAUCCACUCAGAUUCAGCUGUCGCCGACGAUCCAGCUGUCGGAUCAGCUUAUACAGCAGAGUAUAGGGGCGGGGAGGGACGAUGUGGAGAUUGCGGAUGAGUGGGAGGGGCCGGCGCGGCCUGGUGGAUAUGUCGAGUGGAGGAGAGGGGAGGGGAGGAAGGUGGAGAAGGGGGAUGGGUGGUGGGAUCCUGUAAAGGGGAGAGUGGGGGAUGUGCCGGAGAAUUUCUCGCCUGGCUUGAUAUCUGUUCUGACGGGACUGUUGGAGAGCUCGAUACAUAAAGGCAUAACAAGACGAGCCGUGCUCGGCAGAGAUGCCGUCUCCAUCACAGGUGUCUUUCGCUUUGAUGCUACCUGGGGCUGCGGCUACAGAAACGCCCUCAUGUCCAUCUCCUCCCUGAUCUCGCACUCGCCCACGCUCGCCAAGCUCUUCUCGCGCGAAGCAAACGCCUCUGAUCCGGGCGUCCGCCGGCUUCAAGGAUGGCUAGAUGAGGCAUGGGCGAAGGGCUUCGAUCCGGAGGGGAAGGCGCACUUUGGAGGCAAGGUCCUAGGAGGUCGGAAAUGGGUCGGGACGGGUGAUUUGUGUGCGAUGUUCAGCUAUAAGGGGGUACCGUGCGAUCUCUAUGACUUCCCAAAGUCAAAGAAUCCAGGCGCUCGGCCGGCUCACAAAGCACUGACUGAAUGGGUCAAGCAGUACUUUGACGAGGGCUUGCCUUCUGCCAGCCAUGGUGCAUCGAGUGCUCCUGGACGUGAUGGCUCAACUUCAGUCAAUGCAUUCGACGUGCUCAUGCGCGAUGGAGAGGGAAGUAGGGGUAGUGCGGUAAGAAGAGCGGACAGGUAUCCCUUGAUACUGCAGCAUAAUGGUCAUUCUCGGACUGUCGUGGGCUAUGAGGAGACCUCAAGGGGAGACCUGAAUCUCCUCAUGUUUGAUCCGGGCAAAACCGUCCCCACCAACAUCCGCCAAGCCGGUCUCCGACACAUCGCCUCCCGCUCUGCCUCGCAAUCCACAUUCAAACCCCCACCGGCCCGUACCGCCUCACACGAAGCCCGUCACUUCUCGCCACCAUACACCAACGGUCAAUCCGAAAUCACCGCGAUAUGCGAUACACCACUCAACUCGUCUCCGAUGAUGUCGCACCCAGAGGUUAGCGCGCCACGGAGGCUAGAUGGCGGAAGUGCGGAUAUAGCGGAGGAUGAGGAGAUGGAUGAUCGCGGGUGGGUCAGGAAGAGGUUGAAGAAGUUGACGGGGGAUAAGGGGAUGUCGGCGUUGGGUGUUCCAAGGGACAAUCAGAGGAAGGGUAGUGCGAGUUCGAGCGCAGCUGUGGGUGCGGCAGUAGGUGGGAAUGGGGUAGGGGAGAUUGAAGUAGGGAAGGGGUUGGGGUAUUUCAGGGUGAAUCUGAGUACACUUGGGUACCAUGCGGAAUAUCAGAUUCUGGCAUUUACGGGAGACGCGCCCUUGACGCUGCAUGAGCGAGGCAAGAGGAAGUAUUUGACGAGUACAGUCAUCACAUAG